UGGAGUGUAGAUUGAUGUGAAAAAUAAUUGUGUGUGUGUGUAUAUAUAUAUAUAUAUAUAUAUAUAUAUAUAUAUAUAUAUAUAGACAUACACAGUGUAUAAAAUAUACACUGGCGGCCAAAAGUUUGGAAUAAUGAACAGAUUUUGCUGUUUCGGAAGGAAGUUGGUACUGUAUUUCACCAAAGUGGCAUUCAACUAAUCACAAAGUAUAGUCAAGACAUUACUGAUGUAAAAACAGCACCAUCACUAUUUGAAAAAAGUAAUGUUUGAUCAAAUCUAGACAGGCCCCAUUUCCAGCAGCCAUCACUCCAAAACCUUACCCUUGAGUAAUCAUGCUAAAUUGCUAAUUCGGUACUAGAAAAUCACUUGCCAUUAUAUCAAACACAGCUGAAAGCUAUUUGGUUCGUUAAAUUAAGCUUAGCAUUGUCUUUGUGUUUGUUUUUGAGUUGCCACAGUAUGCAAUAGACUGGCAUGUCUUAAGGUCAAUAUUAGGUAAAUAAAAUGGGAAAAAAGAAACAGCUUUCUCUAGAAACUUGUCAGUCAGCCAUUGUUUUGAGGAAUGAAGGCUAUACAGUGCUUGAAAUUGCCAAAAAGCUGAAGAUUUCAUACAAAGGUGUACACUACAGUCUUCAAAGACAAAGGAAACUGGCUCUAACAAGGACAGAAAGAGAUGUGGAAGCCCAGAUGUACAACUAAACAAGAGGAUAAUACAUCAGAGUCUCUAGUUUGAGAAAUAGAUGCCUCACAUAUCCUCAGCUGAGAGCUUCAUUGAAUUCUGCCUGCUCAACAUCAGUUUCAUGUACAACAGUAAAGAGAAGACUCAGAAGUGCAGGGCUUAUGGGAAGAAUUGCAAAGAAAAAGCCACUUUUGAAACAGAAAAACAAAAAGAAAAGGUUAGAGUGGGCAAAGAAACAGACAUUGGACAACUGAUAGUUGGAAAAGAGUAUUAUGGAUCUUAACCCCAUUGAGCUUUUGUGGGAUCAGCUAGACUGUAAUGUGCGUGAGAAGUGCCCGACAAGACAGCCACAUCUAUGGCAAGUGCUACAGGAAGCGUGGGGUGAAAUGUCAUCUGAGUAUCUGGACAAUCUGACAGCUAGAAUGCCAAGGAUCUGCAAAGGUGUCACUGCUGCACGUGGAGGAUUUUUUAAUCAAAACUCUUUGAAGUGUCCCUCUGUUCCUCUUAAGGACAGAGUGAGGGUGUCCCACAACUGGAUCCAUGGAGUCUGUCGCAAAGAGGUCCUUUUAAAAUGGAAGAUUAACUUGUUGCCAUGGAUACAGCUGGACUGUGAUGUGCUGUAUAUCUCUCAGGCAGCAAACAUCAGUGCGUACCAUCUGAGAGCUGAGAGGGGAAAGUUGCAGAACAAUUGUGUGGCCCUGUUCACAGGACACCAAGAAGAUGUGUGUAGAUUCACCCUGACAGACACACACCUUAUCAGUGCAGGAGGUGAUGGUAAAAUAAUUGUUCAUGACAGAGGAAGUGAUUACUCUGUUGAGUACUAUGGUCACAAUCAGGAGGUGAACUGCAUUGACUCUAAAGGAGGUGUAAUUGUCAGUGGUUCCAGAGACAAGACAGCAAAGAUUUGGACUCUGACUCCAGAUCGACUCGUACAGUUCUUACAUACAAUUCCCACGUUUGACAGAGUGUGGUCAGUGGCCAUCAGUCCAUCUCUAUGCAACUUUGUGACCGGAACAGCCUGCUGUGAGAAUUUCGCUCCUCUUCGAAUCUGGGACAUAGAAAGGUGUCACCUGGUGUCGUGUCUCGGUACAGAGUUCCGCCGCGGUGCAGGUGUGUUGGAUAUUGUCUACGAAUCUCCCUUCCAGCUCCUCACCUGUGGAUAUGACACCUUCAUCCGUUACUGGGAUUUGCGCGUCUGCUCCAGGAAGUGUGUGAUGGAAUGGGAGGAGCCUCAUGACAGCGCCCUUUAUUGUAUAAAAACAGACAAGAAUCACAUGAUUGCCAGUGGCUCAUCAUACUAUGGAGUAGUGCGCCUUUGGGACAAACGGCAAACCCGCUGUUUACAGAUGUUCCAGUUGGCACCCACCACUAGCAGCCCAGUGUACAGCCUGUGCUUCAAUACCUCUCACGUGUAUGCUGCCCUGGCCUCUGUCCUCUACUCCCUUGACUUUAGAACUACAGUGUCCCAGUCCUGGAAAUAACCAUACGUUUAUGUACAUUGUUUAUGCAUAUUUUUAGGCUCAGAUAUCAUUCUUUAUCCUCAACAUGUCCUCCAAGCCCAUGGUGAAGUAUCCAUCUUGCCUUUUGAAUUAUCAGUGCAGCUAAUGAUACAGUUAAGGCCUGGUGAACAAUUCCCCUGGCUUGCUCAGAGCUCCUGAGAGCGAGCAGGGUUCAUGACCUUCUGUGGCCCAAGUCUUAAUGGACUUAACACAUUGCCAGUGACCUCCGAGAUGUCUAAAACAAACACUGCUUAGAGCUGCCAGCACCCACUGAGGGGAUAUAUGCUAAGCCGCAGCUCAUAUGAUAAUAGAUAUAUUGUAACUGAAAGUAUAUUUUUCCAACAAUGAGCCAAUUAAAUGUGUUUUGUUUUCUCUUGUUUUCUUUCUUUGGUCUCAGUU